AUGCUUGCCGCACAGACGAAUAGACCUCCGGAGAUAGGCAUGCGCACGCCAGAGUCGUCCAUUCAUGCGCUUCGAUCUCCCGCCAAUCGAAGCCAGCAGAUGGCGAAUGCUACCGCUCGCACCUUCUCUCCUCUUCCUUCCUCAUCUCCAUCACCAUCGCACGCUAAUCUCACAUUUUCCGGCGCUAGUGUACCCAGGUUUCAUACCACCACACGAAAAACUUUAGAUCUUCGCAACACGUGCUCGCCUAGGCUUCCCGACCUCGACUUUCUCGCUGCACCCGUACAACGCAUCGGUCACCAGCACAGCCAGCCAGGACAGUCUAGCACUUCAUCGUCUUCGUCUUCAAGCAUGCCAGCAUUUAAAGCAGAAGAUUACAGCUCUUUCUUCGACGGCUUUGCAGCACCUCAAAGUUCGAGCCUUGCUCAAACACAUUUAGAAGACGAAGACAACACCAACAAUUUUGGUUUCGCUUCGCUUCCUCUCAAUCUUCACGGAUCAAAGGACGACGAAGAAGACCUCAAAGUUCUCAGUGCACUCAGCUUCACCGAUUCGAUCAGGAUGAAUCUCGAAGCACUCACACGCAACAGCGCGGAUCAUUACGCAUAUACAGCGGAUAGUUACGUGGAUCCUAACGUGGACUACGGUGCUAAGGCAGUCGACGAUGCCAACGAGACAGCUUGGAUCAACAGCUCGUAUGCGCAGCUAUCGCUUGCUCAGGAUGGCAAUAAUGCCAACAGAGAGCAGCGUCCUCGUCACCAUCAGAGGUCAUUCGAGCGUAGUCAAGACUCCCAGGACAAGGGUAGUCUCGAGGCAUCUUCAACCAGGGACUCGCCUCCUUCUGAUGGCUUAACUUUGGGCAGGAGCUCCAGUGAUGCCAAUGACGAUGAGCUCCGAACACCACCCGAGCCCAGCUACGAGAGGUUCGAGCCGGUUGAUGGUCCCGCCUCGCACGAAAGGGCUAUUCCUCAGUCAUCAGCCCAGCGAUCGCCCAUCCCAUCACACCAGGCUCCAGCCUCGACCCCGUCUUCCAACCAAGCCACACCUGUAGCAGCACAAGCUCCUCAGCUGGGCUCGCCCUUCCAGCCCUCUCGACCUCAGUUCCGCCAGGCACACCUCUCGCAGUAUCGUGCCGAACCACAGGAAGCUUUCUCGCGUUACCAGAUUGGCAACAGCUCCGAGAUCGAGUUGCUCAGCGACAAUGUUCACGCACUGAGACGUGCGGCAGGUAAAGCAAAGAUGACUCCUUGGCAAAACGAGUCUGUCGCUUCUUCGCAAUCUGCUCACAGCCUCGGGCUCAGUCGACACAGCUCCUCGGUCUUUGCUAUCCACGAAAGCAACAAGCCUUUCAGUCGACUAGGUCCUCAAGACAUCGCAUUCAGCGCUACAACAAUCCCGGAACAACGUCUCACAGCUGAAGACUGCGUCAAUAGCAUUGUCUCGCGUUACCCAACGCUUUGUGAUGCUCCUCUUCGCGAGUUUGGCGAAGAUGGCCAGCCUCUACCUCCCACUAAGAAGCAAGAGACUAGCGCUGAAGAGCGUCAGGCGCGUAAGCAAGCGCUUCGAGUACAGUUCUGCGCCAAGCAGCGUCUUUCAUUGAUCAAGGCAAUGGUGGUAAUGGAGUCCCGUUCAGCAUCUUGGAAGCGGAUCGGACCCUUCAACCCCUCGAACCACAACACGAACAGCGCCUCUGCAUCGGUGAUCUCUCACCAGCAGCCGUCGCGUGAGGUGUCGCCCCGAUCCCCAACUGAAGUCGCUCGCCUUCCACCCAUGCCCAGCCCAUGGUCGAUGGAGAUCCACCACGAACAGCUUGAUGUAGCCCAGAUCAAGGGCAAGUCGAAGAAGACAAUCGAGCUUGCCUCACUCCGCAUCAACGCUUGCUGCGUCAAGUGCGACGGGAGCGGACUCGGUGCUUGUGUCACUUGCAAGGCCGAACAGGCUGACGAAUGUUUCUGGUGCUCUGGUACGGGCCGAGAGAAGACUCGCGCCCAAGCCUGGUGUCGCCGCUGCCAAGGUGCCGGUGUGCUGAAGUGCAACACCUGCCACGGUAGCCUCAAGUCGGACUGCCGUUCGUGCGAGGGUACUGGUACAGGCGAGUACGGCUUCUUCGUCGAUGUGUUCGUCAAGCGUGUCGAGAUGCCAGCUGUGCCGGUCUCGACGCUCUUCCCUCAGUUCGACGACUCCUUGAACUUCGAGCCCAACUACGACAAGGUUCGAGCUGCAGCAACUCUGACAUUGUGGGAUUCGAUCCUCAAGCUCACCGAGGCUCGAAGUCAGGCAGUGAUGCUGAAGGGCGGCAAGGGUAAGAGCAAGGACAUGGUGCCUGUAAUGGCUGCGUGCGUUUGGGAGAACUCGACAACCCACGUCGUUGCAGUCGAUGUCCCGCUUGCUGCCAGGUUCAAGAAAGGUGCCACACCAGCCUUGCGACCAGAGGGCCUCCACAGGAAGAUACCGGCCCAACGAAGAUUCUUCACCGUUCCUGCUGAUGCCGAUCUUCGCUCCGUCGAGAUGUCCGAGGAAGAGGUGAAGAAGAUCACCUCUCCCUCCCUUCACAAGAGGAACCUCCCUCGUGCUGGCGGAGAAGGCUCGCACUCAGCUGCCAACAGUCCAGCAAUGAGUUCUAUCGAAUUCGGCCCCUCUGCCUCGCCUCCUCUUGCCAUCCCUGAGGAAGGCGCAGUGGUCUCUGGCUACUCGACUCCGACUCGGGUCCCGAGCCCACGCUCAGAUGUUGGCCCAGCCAAACCAGCAGCACGAGAGUUCUUUCAUCACCUAAGCCCACUCUCUCAGCUUUCUGCUGCAACUCAAUCUCCCGCUCCCUCGCCAUCUGCUUCCUUUGUUCACCAGAACCAGAGCCAGGUGUUUGACUCUAACGCUCUUGGCAGCAAGCAGAGGAGACCUUCCGCAGGUCACAUCUUGACCAAGAAGCUCAGCUCCAACAUCCUCAACAAGUUGGGAGCCCAUCGAGGUUCCCUCUAA